CUUUUCGGCCCCUGUAUAACAACAAGGAAGUAAAUCCGAAAAGUAUUUCAUUCAAACCGCACAUUGUUUGGUGCAUCGCGUAUUCAUAUUGUUUUCAAAAUGCGCAGAAGAACUGAAGGGCAAGAUUCGAGUGGCGAAUCUCGUAGGUCAGAAAGUAGGGAUGCUGAUCGUGUACAACCCAUUCAAGCCGAGGACCAACGCCUCACCUACUGGUCCAUCAUCAAGAAUAUUGGAACUUGUUUGCUUUUCAUCAUCGCCGUACCACCGUUCCUCAACUAUGCAUCACUGCAGAGAGAAGGACAGUUACUACUGCCGAAAGAAGGACAGAUCCUUGAUGUCGGGCUUGGUCAAAAGAUGCACCUAUUAUGUAAAGGACAAGGAAAACCAGUUGUCAUAUUGGAUGCCCCAACCGGAGCGUCUUCAGACAUUUGGUAUCAUGUCCAAGAAAGUGUUGCUCCGCUGACAAAGGUGUGCACCUAUGACAGAAUGGGCCUGGGCUUCAGCAAGAGAGUGAUGCAGAACGAGAGCUCAGGAACCGAGAAGGUUUGGGGAAUGUCCACCACUGGUCGGAUGGUGGAUGAUCUGCACCGUCUCCUUCGUGCGGCAGAGAUCGACGGACCCUACAUCCUGGUGGGCUCCGAGCUGGGAACGCUCAACGCCAGGUUCUACAGCCACAUCCAUGAUGCGUUUGUGUCGGACCUGGUUCUGAUUGAUCCUAUCCCGGAGGACGUGUUUGAGGAGGACCAAUGGAAGGAGUACUGGUACGGUAAACUGCUGCCCUCGCUCCAGGCCAGGCAGUUCUCGGCGGCGACGGGACUGAGUCGCAUGCUCAUCAUCCUGGGCGUCAUGGAGCCCGCCAUCACUGGAGAUGGCGUCGCUGAGGACGUCGUACAGCGCCAGAAGUACUUCCUGAGUAACCCCGCCCACCAGAGCAGUGCCGUGGACGAGCAUUACUUCCUGAACGAGAGUGCGGCUCAAGUGAGGGACAUCACAAAGUUCAAACCCCUCUCUACGAGGACGUCUGUGAGCGUGAUCACCGGAGAGUCUUUCGACAGCCAGAUUCCAGAGCAUCUGAACCAGAUGGUGGCGAAACUUCAAAAGAAGUUUCUGGGUGAAUCAUAUCCAUCGGCCAAUCACGUUGGGAUCGGAGGUGUGGACCGGCGAAUGAUCUACCAGAGACCAUCUGUCAUCAGUCAGCACUUGAGGAGCGUGGUGAGGCAGCGACAGUCCAGGCAGCAGAGCGAGUAACGUGACCUGGCCUACAUUUCAUACAUGCAUCACGAAUCUGAGGAACUGCUAUCGUUUGUUGCUGCCUGUUACUUUUUUUUUUUCUAUACUAUUGGCUGCCUCAGACGGUGCGGCAGAUAUCUGAAGUGAAUAUCAAUGUGAAUAUAUUGAGUUUUAUGUGCGAGUUUUACAAAUCCUCACCAAUUAAACCUUUUACACAGUACUUCAUGCUUUCUGUGCCUCAUCUGAGCCAAAUGCAUACGGGCCAAUUCCAUUUGAAGGCCUGAAUCAAUGCUCAGUGCUUUGAAACUAUGAUAGGGACAUAUGGUUUGAUGAUAGUGAGCAGUGUUUGGAAAAUAGUGUCUGAAGGUAUUAAAAAUGAGAAGUUGCUUGAAUAUAUCAAUUUUUUUUGCUAGAGACUGUCCUUUUAUACUGGUGUGGUGUAGUGUGAACUUAAAUAUUUAUUUGGUUAUGUCUACAUUACUGAAGUUUAAACAGUACACAAACAUCAUUAUUUCAACCUCAUUAAGGUUCUUUAAGGCCAUUCAUGUGAAUUUUACAGCGGUUACAUUGAAUCGUUAUUUACUGAAAGAAAAGACCAGACGACACUGAAUUAUCCUGAGGAUUUAAGUUUAAUUAUGACACCACAUCAAAAUAAAAAUUUCCAACAGAUCUGGAAUUUUAUUCCAUCCAUAUACAUGCAUAGCAACAACGUUUGUUAAGAAACAUUUUUCUCCCAUAAUUAGGACAUUGGAAUGAUCAUUUUACAUCAGGUACCCCACUGACAGUCCCACCCAUUCUGCUCAUCAGCAAUAAACUUAAUUCUUGUACAAUUCACUUUUUUUUUUUCUCUCCCAAUGGGGUUUCAAAUAAUUAUAUGCACAAUUCCCCCAUUUCAUAAUACUGCUUUUUAGUAACGUUCCCUCAUUUACAAAGUAUUGCAUUGAGAGCAAAAAAUUCCAAAAAGGGAGAUCAAAGAAUAUCAUUCAACAGAAAUACGAGUACUAUACAAGAAUGCUGCCAUCUUCAUGAGAACAUCCACAUCUGAGUUGAAGAUAAGAGACAGGGACAAACAGCCACAUAUGUAUGCAAAGCCAUGUGUAUAUGCCAAACGAUGUCAGAUGCUGGGUAUGCAUGUGCGCCCACUAAAUCACCUCAAAAUGGUGAUUCUUAUUUUAUUUUAUUUUUUUAAGGCUAACAAUUUCAUUAGUAGCAAACCGCAAGUGACAUUUUGAACAUAUACAAAAAACUGGUACAGCAAAUAAGAAUACACAAGUGCCUCAGUAGCUAUUUUUGUGUCUAAAAUGCAUCUUGUCUUCAUGUUCUGUCUAUUGUUUCAUUGAGCCUACAUUACAGUGUAAACGAUAUGUGUGCUACACAAGAAUGACUAUACAAUAACGUUACAAACAACUCUGAUAUAAAUUUCAUUUUGAAUUUAAAUUAAAAUCACUACUCCUAUUAAUACUGAUUGUAAAAUAAAUAAAUGUGAAAGUGGCACCAAUA